AUGGACGAUGUUCAGGAAGCUUUUGGCGCCCAGCUGUUGCGUGACGGCCACCUCGUUAUCGACGGCUUCCUGCCUGAGGGACAUGUUACGCAGUUGCGGUCGGAGGUUGUCGCCUGCCACGAGGCUGGCCACCUCCACGUUGCCGGGCUGGUUGAUAGCAGUAUCAACUCAGUCUCAGCGGCAAAGUACGAAAACACCCAGACGCGAGGCGACGUCAUUGGCUGGUUCGACAGCGAUGAACAAGGCUGGCCAUACGGGCGUGGCUUGCACAAUUACCUUGUUAAGGUGGGCACGAUGCUCUCUGAGCUCGGCGCGCACGUUCCCGAGCUGAAACAGAUCACCUCGCGUUCGAAGGUAAUGGUGGCCUGUUACCCUGGGGGUGGUGCGCGGUAUGUCAAGCACGUGGACAACGACGGGAAACACCCCCUUUGCCGCACACGGCUCUUGACCGGCUUGCUCUACUUGAACCCGGAGUGGAAGCCCGGCGACGGGGGCGAGCUGGCAAUCUAUGAGCAGAGCGACAAGAACGUGGAGCGCCGAGUCGUGCAGCCCCGGGGCAACCGGCUGCUCCUGUUCUGGUCCGACUGGCGCACUCCACACGAGGUGCGCCCGGCGCAGCAGCCGCGCUACGCCGUGACGCUGUGGUUCCUGCACAAGUGCACGGAUCUGCGGUGGGCGGAGGAGGAGGAGCUGCCAGCCCCCGUGCCGGCCCCCGCCUCCGAGGCCCCUUCACUGGACGCCGCCAGCGGAGACGUGACCGGGACGGCCACGCCUGGGGUGCACACCUGUGGCAGUGGGACUGAUACAACUGCUGCGUGGGCCACAUCGCCUGUUGACGAUGGACCUGGCGACAGCAACAACGACGACGGCAAAUCCGACGGCGGCGGCGGCACCGUUGGACGCGGUCACACUGGCGCUCACUGCGAGCAGCUUGUCCAGCCCGCGGGUGACAUGGUGCGGCACUGCUGGCGUCGCCUGGAAGUACAGGGAGGUCAACUCAACGACGGGGCCGGCCGCUGGGAGCUGCGCGUCGAGGUGCCGGGCGAGAGGCCCGGCUGCCCGGUCCUGGAGGUGUCCGACAGCCACGUGAGCGUGUCCUCCUCCUCGGGCGCGCCGCUCGCGCAGCUGCCGCUGCCCGCCGGCCGGUGGGAGGCCUCGGGCUCGACGUGGUCGCGGAAGCGAGGCCUACUCGCCACCACCUUCGAGGCUCUGCCCACGACGCCGGCCUCCUCGUCCACGGCCGCGGCACCAGUCGCAGGGCCCGGCGACGCCGGCUCGGCAGCAGCGGCCGCCGCCGAGAAGGCGGCGGCGGCGGCUCCGUGCACCCGCGGCCGCGCCGCGCCGGUGCGCCACGGGUGGCUGCGGCUGGGCGACGCCGGAGGACGGGAGAGCGAGAGCGCCUGGGAGCUCCGCGUGGAGGUGCCGGGCGAGUGCCCGGUGCUGGAGGUCUCGGAGGCGCAGGUCUGCGUGGCCUCUCCGGGCGGGCGGCCCCUGCUCCGCGUGCCGCUGCCCCGCGGCUCGUGGGGCCCGCCCGCCAACAAGUGGUCACGGAGGCGCGGGCUGCUCACAUUCUAGGCCUUUGCAGCUCUCGGCUCGGGGCGCCGACUCCGAUUCAGCUGCGCUGCUGGCGGCUCGGCUGACCGAGCGCGGCUGGGGGUUCACCUGGGCGUCGACGCCUUCCUGUCCGGCCCGGAGGCCGAUGCGCUGCGGGGCUGCGUCCUGCAGCUGCGGCAGUCUGGCCGCCUGCGGGUGGGGAGCAACGGGCACGAAGGUGCCACUGGGUACGGAGUGAAGAACGACGAGUACGCCUUCCUCGACCCGGCGGAGGUGAAAGAGGCCUUGGCGAAGCCUUUGCGUGAGUGCGCAGGGCUCUGCAACAGGCUUGUGCUAGCGCUGGUGCGUGCAGUGCCAGCCCUUCAGGGGCUGCGGCUGACAGCUGGCCAGCCUAUGGUUGCGGUCUAUCCAGGCGACGGCGCUCGAUACGGUCGCCACUAUGACGCGACUGCUGGCAAGGUGGGUGGAGACAAUGGGCGUGUGGUGACCCUGGUGGUCUACCUGAACCCGUUCUGGAGGGAGGAGGACGGCGGGGCUCUCCGCAUCUUCGAGCCGGAGGGCGUGUCCGAGCAGGAGAUGCCCCGGUCGUGCAGCCCCUGCACGGGCGUCUCGUCGGCUUCCUGUGCAAGGACCGCUGCCCGCACGAGGUGCUCCCCUCCCGGGCGGACCGUGCCGCGGUGACCUUCUGGUACUACGACGGGGAUCGGCUGGCGGAGCGCUGCCGCGAUGUGGGCGCCGACGGCGAAGGGCUGCGCGGCUUUGGCUUCGAGAUGGGCUGAGAAGGCCGCCGAGCCGGCGCUGGCCCACCUGCAGCGCCUGCCGAAUGGGGCGCAGCAUCGGGCAUUCGAUGGUGUGCCUACAGCGGUCGACGGGUGCCCCACUUCCCUUUGCGCUGGCCCUCCCACCUCUGAGUGCCAGGGGGGCCUCGCGCCCGACAGCAAAGGUCGAACCACGUGGCUAUGUGGAUCGCGCGGACGAGCCAGUCGGUUGUGGGCUGCGGGAGGCCGAGCGGGUGAAGGCAAGCGCGGUGCGGAGAAAGUUUCGGGGGGGCGCCAUUUGCGACCAGCCGCUGGCCUGGCAGACUUCUCCACUGGGCGGAGGGGCUUGGAGCUCAAGCCUCCAAUGCAUCCCUAGCGGGUAGCAAGAGUUCGAAUGACGCACGCAGUCAAUCGGCGG